AUCAUUCCAAAACAAGUUGUCAAAAGGGAAGAAAAAAAUCACUUUUUGGUGUGAAAAAAUUGAUUGAAAAAGCGAAUUUGUGCGUGAAAAAAUGGACGGUGAUCGGCGAAAACUAUCGGAAUUGCGUGUGGUGGAUUUGAGGCAUGAAUUGGAGGAGAGAGGACUCGAUAUAACUGGCGUAAAGACCGUCCUUGUUGAGCGUCUCAGAAAGGCUUUGAUUGACGAGGAAGAAGAUCCGGAUAGCUAUAUCUUCAUCCUGAGCAGUGGUAGUAGUGCUGCUCCGAAGAAGGCUGCGGCUACGCCAUCGCCCGUCAAGAAGACCCCACCGCAGCCGGAAGUGAAGGAGGAAAAGGAGGAGAGUGGUGAUGAGUUGAUUUUGGAGGAUUUGGUGGUGAAGGAUGAUUUGGAUUCAGUCAUGAAUGAAAGUGUGGAGAAGGAUGGAAAGGAGGAUGAAGGGAAUGAAGAGGAGGAAAAUGAGGAAGAAACAGAAGUGCAGGAGAAGCAGGAAGUUGAAGCAAAUGAGAAGAAAGUUGAGGAGAAGCCUCAGGUGAAAGUUGAAGAGCAGGAAAAGGAAGCCCCGAAGGAUGUGAAGGUGCCUCAGGCAAAGCCAGCACAGGAAGAUGAUACAUCGCAGGAAACAGAAAGCAACAACAUUGAUAAUGAGGAUUCCCUGAAUUUGACCAUCGGCGAGGAUGAGGAAAAACUGCUACAAGAAGUCGUGAAAAAUGAAAAGGAAAAGGCGCCGCCGAAAAAAGAUGUUCAACCCAAGGUGGAUAAAAAUGAUUCGACAAAAUCUUCUCUGAAUACAGCGGAAAAGGAGCUGCAGAAGCAACCGUCCAAGCCACAGCGGAAAGUAUCCACGAGCAAGGCAACUGGGGCGCAGGAGAAGAGUGGCGGUGAGAGCAAUAGUGGACCAACAGCUGCUGGGGCAGGAGGAAAGGACACAAAGGACAGUGGUGGGGAUGAGAAGAAAUCAAAUGAUGUUGCUGCAAAGAAGAGUGGAUCCGAUGAGGAAAGUACUGCAGGAGGAGGAGGAGCUGAUGGUGCUGCUGCCACAACUGCUGGUUCUGGUGAUGAGAAAUCACAGAAGAAAGAUAGCAGCGAACAAAAAGUAAACACCACCAAAUCAUCAACGGCUAAAGAUGUCAAAGCUGAAGAUGCGGAUGACAGCAAGGUGACCGCAUCGGGUACGAGUGAGAAGGAGAAGAAUGGAACAUCGGGCAGCAGCUCAACAAGUGGUGGUGGUGCGACCCCAAGCAGGAAUCUCUGGGUAUCCGGUCUGUCGUCCAUGACGCGUGCUACGGACCUCAAGCAGCUCUUCUCCAAGUAUGGCAAAGUCAUCGGGGCGAAGGUGGUGACGAAUACACGAACACCCGGGACUCGGUGCUAUGGCUACGUCACGAUGAACUCCACUGAAGAUGCCAACAAGUGCAUUGAGAAUGUUCAUCGUACCGAACUCCAUGGGCGAAUGAUUUCCGUGGAGAAGGCUAAAUCUGAUCUGGGGCUCACAAAAAGUGCGGGCACGGGGUCAAAAGGAACAUCGGGCGGUGGCAGUGUGAAGAAGGAGCCAUCCGAGGGGAAGAGAUCGUCUGUGUCGAAGACAAGUGAUGGGGAUAAGAAGGCACAGCCGAAGAAGGCAUCUGAGGGUAGGGAUGAUGGCAAGGCAAAGGGGUCACCGAAGCGCAAUGCAGACUCCAAAGCAUCCGAUGGGGAAUCAGCUAAACGGCGGCGUGAUUCGUCGGCAGAUGGGCGGCGUAGUGCUGCUACAAAUCGUGGUACAUCCCGAGGGGAGGUAAAGAAAUCUCCGGUACGUCGUGUGAGUAAGGAUCGUGAGCAGGAGAGGGCACGUCAGAGGCAGCGAGAGCGUGAACGUGAGAUCUUGUCGUACGAUAAGAUCCGAAAUGAGCGCGAACGCGAGCGUCUACGGGAUAAGGAACGUGAAAUCCGUGAAGAUGAGCGACACAGGCGUGAGGUAAGGCGGCGUCAGCGUGAGGAAGAGGAACGUCUGGCCAAGGAGCGUGAGAAGCUAAAGAUGGAACGUGAACGUCUUGAGCGCGAGAAGGCUGAUUUGCUGCGUAUGGAACGUGAACGUGCCAAGCUGGAGCGUGAGAAGAUCGAAUUGGAGCGUCUUGAGAUCAAGAGGCAGCAAAUGAAAAUUGAGGAAUCGAAGAGGAGCUUGAAGAGACCAGCAAGCAAUGAUCGUGAUCGAUAUUCAGACACUGAUAGGAAGCGUUCAGCACCGAAUGAUCGUCGUUUUGAGGCUCCGCCACCGCCGAGAUUUGAUUCGGUAAUCAGUCGCCCAAGUUCAGGGUAUGAUCGCGUGAGUUCGAGCGAAAAGAAGAGAGGUGAUGACUACCGCUCAUCGAAGGGACGCAGUGAUGACUACAGCAGCUCAUCAAAGCGCGACGACUACGCAACAUCAAAGCGUCGCGAUGAUGCGCGCAGUGCAGAUUCACGCGGCGGCAGUGGGAGCCGCGGGCGUACGGAUAGUGACUACAAGGCGUCCACACGUCAUGGGGGGUAUGAGUCGGGAAAGGAGAGCCGCUACAGCGAUCAUCAGUCGGGGGACUCCCGGGGCCGGACAUCGUCGUACCAGGGCGGGGGGACGAGAGGCCUCGGAAACGCCGCGUCAGGGCCGGCAAACGGGUCCAGCAGCGUCGACGAGCGCGGAAGCGGUACGAAGCGCUAUCUGGACAAUCAGUAUCAAUCGGACAGAGGGGCUCCAACGUCCCCGUGGCACAGCCCAGCAGCUCCGCCAAUCAAGGUGAGAUUUCGACAAAAGGAAAAAGAAAUCUUUUUGCUAAUUUCUUCUUCUCCAACAAAGACGUACAACAACAUUCAAUCGAUGUCCUCAAACGACAUAUGGAACAAGUCCUCAGACAGUGGAUGGCGAAACAUGGAGACGACGCAGGACCGCUAUGAUCGGACCUACAAUGAGCGUAAAUCCCAGGCGGUGCCGUACAUUGAUCAACCGCGUCAGAAUUCAUCAUUCAUAGGGCGCCCGCAGGAUCGCUACAGUAGCUCCAUGUCUGGACGUUUCGAUGGGAAUCGCUUUUAAGAAUUCCACCCGCCGCUUUUUUAAUUUCUAAAUAAGGCUAUUCAGGGGGCUUUUUUUGCUACCCCCACGACUUUCUCUCAUACUACAACUACAAUAUACAUUUAUGGUAAAAAAAAAAGAGAGAUGAAAUUGCAUCUCUUUCGCGUAGAAAAGAUACAUUAAUAGAAGAAUUUAUUAAAGACACAUUUCACAUAAUUUUACCUAUUUUAUGCUAUUAUUGUAGAACUUUAAUUUAAGUGGUAUAAGAAACAACUAAUUAAAAAUAAAAUGAAGUGUUUUAUGUGAAAGAAUUGAUGAAAUAAAUUGAUGGAAAUCUUAAAUGAAAA